AAUGUUUAAUACCAACGACGACCAUGUCGCUGAACAAGUCUCUUGUCUUUGCUCUGCUUGGCCUUUUGGCAACUGCUGGAGUGAGUGAGGCGGAACGGGUCCGCUUUGAUAACUACCGUCUAUACCAAGCCAAUGCAGAGAAUGCCGAGCAGCUGGCUGUGCUGAAACAGCUUGAAGGAUCUUCGGAUUCCAUUAUGUUCCUGGAUGGCGUCCACAUUGUCGGAGCUGAUGUCCAGAUGGUUGUUGCCCCACACAAAGUGCCUGACGUAUUGGAGAUUUUGGGCAAAGCUGAGAUCAAGUACGUGCUGCAUUCCAAGGACUUCCAAAAGUCCAUGGAUGAAAUUGAUGAGAAGGUUGCCAUCAAGGGACGCGCUGCCGACUACAAUUGGGCGCAGUACUAUGAGCUAGACGAUACAUACAACUGGAUGGUGAGCCUGGCAAAGAAGUACCCUCACGUUGUCACAUUGAUUGAGGGUGGAAAGACCUAUGAGGGCCGUUCGAUUCUCGGUGUCAAGAUAUCCAAGAGUCUCAGCGAGAAGCCCGGCAUCUUCCUGGAGGCUGGUAUUCAUGCUCGCGAAUGGAUUGCGCCCGCUGCUGCCACCUUCAUCAUCAAUCAGCUGCUAACCUCAAACUUGGAGUCUGUCAAGGAUUUGGCCGACAACUACAAUUGGUACAUCUUCCCCCAUGCCAAUCCCGAUGGCUACGUCUUCACCCAUACCACAAAUCGUAUGUGGCGCAAGACCCGCACUCCCUAUGGCAGUUGCUUCGGCGUCGAUCCCAACCGCAACUGGGGCUUCCACUGGAAUGAAGUUGGUGCAAGCAGUGAUCCAUGCUCUGAUACCUAUGCUGGACCCAGCGCCUUCUCUGAGAUCGAGACUCUGUCGCUGUCGAAUUACAUUGCCUCGAUUAAGGACGAGAUUCAGCUCUAUAUUUCGUUCCAUGCCUACUCGCAAUAUCUGCUGUAUCCUUAUGGACACACGGGCGAUCUGCCUGAUAAUGUGAAGGAUUUCCAGCAGGUAUUUGAUGCGUCUAUUGCCGCUGUGUCACAGCGCUACAAUACACAGUAUACUGGUGGCAACAUCUACGAUGCCAUCUAUCCGGCAGCUGGAGCCAGCGUUGACUGGGUCUACGGCACUCAGGAUGUGCGCAUGUCCUUCUGUUACGAGCUGCGUCCUUCCUCUAAAUCAGUGCUCAUCGGCUUCAAGCUGCCCGCUGAGCAGAUCAUACCUGCAAGCGAGGAAGUGUUGGACUCGAUUACCGCCAUGGUUGGUGAGGUCAAGAAGCUGGGAUACUUUAACUAAAUAAACAACACACG